AUUUUGAAAAUUAAAAAACCUUCAAUCUUCUUUUUUUCAAAAUAUGGCAGAAACAAUUGUCUCUGUUAUUGCUGAGAAUGUGUUGGGAAAGUUGAUACCUCUUGCUUCCGAUAAAGUGUCUUUGGCAUGGGGUGUCAAGAAUGAUGUACAAGAGCUUGUUGACACCUUAACCAUUAUCAAAGCUAUUCUCUUAGAUGCUGAGGAGAAACAGAUUCACAAUCAAAAGCUGAGAGUUUGGUUGGGAAAGUUGAAGGAGGUUUGUUAUGAUGUAGAAGAUGUUUUAGAUGAAGUUGAGGUGGAAGAAUUGUGUAAGCAAGUGGUGAAUUGUCAAAGCAUUACAAGAAAGGUAUGCCACUUUUUUUCAUCUUCAAAUGCAAUUGCUUUCCGUUUUACAAUGGGGAAAAAGUUUAAGGAGAUUAAAAAGAGGUUAGCAAAAAUAGCAACUGAUAAGAAUGAUUUUAAUCUCACUGAGAAAAUUGGUAGCGAUCAUGUUGUAGGUUGGGAGAGGGAAACACACUCUUUUGUGCAUGUUUCAAAUGUUAUUGGUAGAGAUAAAGAUAAACAAACGAUUAUUGAAUUCUUAUUGCAUCCAAAUGAUGGUCAUGAAAAUGUUUCGAUCAUUCCUAUUGUUGGGAUAGGAGGUCUAGGAAAAACCACACUUGCAAGAUUAGUGUAUAAUGAUGAAGUAGUGAGUGAUUAUUUUAAGUUGAAAAUGUGGGUUUGUGUAUCAGAUAAAUUUUCUUUAAAAAAGCUUCUUAUUGAUAUUAUUGAUUCUGCAAUUGGGCAAAAAUAUACUCAGAAGAAUAUGGAUCAAUUGCAAAGAAUCUUGUGUGAUAUCUUUAGACAUGAAAGAUAUUUAUUAGUUUUGGAUGACGUUUGGAAUGAAGAUUAUGCGUUAUGGUCUGAAUUAAAAAACUUACUAACAGAGUGUGUUAGUGGAAGUAAAAUCAUAGUAACCACACGUAGUGAUUGUGUUGCCUCCAUUAUGGGUACUACACCUACAUACAAAUUAGAAGGUCUUGCCCUUGAUCAAUGUUUGUCAAUGUUUGUUAAAUAUGCAUUUAAAGAAGGGCAAGAAAAACGACAUCCCAACCUUUUAGAGAUUGUAAAAAAAUGUAGAGGUGUGCCAUUAGCAGUAAGAGCCUUAGGAAGUCUUCUUUAUUCCUCAACUUUUGAACAAGAUUGGAUAAAUGUGAGGGAUAAUGAGAUAUGGAAGUUGGAUCAAAAGGAAAAUAACAUUUUACAAGCUCUAAGGAUAAGUUAUAAUCAUUUAUCAUCUCCUUUGAAACAAUGUUUUGUCUAUUGUUCUAUAUUUCCAAAAGACUAUGAAUUUUCUAAUUCUAAAUUGGUUCACUUUUGGAUGGCCCAUGGGCUUCUCCAUGCCCACAAUGAAAAUAAAGAUUUCGAAAAUAUUGGCAUGCAAUAUAUAAAAGAAUUAAUGUUGAGAUCUUUCUUUCAAGAUAUUGAAGAGGUAGGCAAUGGUAGUGAUGUCUAUUUGUUUAAAAUACAUGAUCUGAUGCAUGAUUUUGCUACAUCAUUGUUCCAAAAUGAGAGCUUAAUAGUGAAAGGGAGUAACCAAAUUGGUUACAAAUCUUAUCGACAUUUAUUAUUUCAUCAUUUUGAGGCAAGUCAAGUAGAGGCUCGAAGCUUUUUGCCUAACUUGGGUAAUUUAAGAAGUAUUAUGUUUUUUACACGUGUUGGAGAAAGUAUCACUGUUAGCCAAUUAUUUUUUGAUAUAAUUGUCUCAAAAUUUCAGUUUUUGCGGUUAUUAGAUUUACAUAAUUUAGGUGUUGAAAUAGUGCCUAAAAGAAUUGGUAAUCUUAAGCAUUUGAGAUAUUUGGGCCUAUCAGAUAACCCGAAAAUAAAAAUGCUCCCAAGUUCUAUUUACAAGUUACCAAGUUUGCAAUAUCUAUCGCUCAUUGAUUGUGAGAAACUAGAAGAGUUAAGUGGAGAUGUUAAAUACCUAAUUAGUCUCAGAGUGUUAGUCUUAACCACAACGCAAAAGCAUCUACCAAAUAAUGGAAUUGGCUGCUUGAAUUCUCUUCGAUUUUUAGGUAUUGACAAUUGCAGCAAGUUAGAAUAUUUGUGUGAAGACAUUGGUCGCUUGAGAGUCAUUCGAAGACUAUGGAUUUUUAAAUGUCCAAGUCUUAUCUCAUUACCACGUGGUGUAAGAAGCCUAAGCUCAUUAGAAGAACUUCGUUUGGUAGAUUGUGAAAGGCUUAACCUAGAUUUGAGCAUAGGAUCAGAUGAGCAACACAAUCAUGAAGAACUCAAUAGCACAGGGCCUCCCCUUCGAUUGCUUCUAAUUAAUAAUUUACCACAAUUGGUGAAAUUGCCGCAAUGGCUUCUUCGCAGUUCGACAAACACUCUGCAAUCCUUGUAUAUUACUAAUUGUUCCAAGUUGAAGGCACUACCAGAGUCAAUGCAAAAACUUCAAGUUCUUUGGAUUUGGAAUUGUCCAAAAUUGUCAUCUCUACCCAGGGAUACCAAUCAUCUCAUCUAUUUGAGAGAACUUGCAAUUGCUCUUUGUCCUAGACUAACGGAAAGAUGCAAACCAGAAGCAGGUGAAGAUUGGCCCAAGAUUGCUCAUAUCCCGAAGAUUCAACUUGACGGAAGGAUUAUCAAGUCAACCGAAAAUUAGGGGAAACUUGAAUCAAAUGUGUGAGUUUUUAAUCUCAUAAAUUCUUCAAUUUCCAUGAAUUAUGAACCCUAAUUCAACCAAUUGACAGGAGGGCUUAUUCAUUUUACUUCUUCUAUGUAUUAAGCAUUGGUGUUCGAUCUAUUGCUUCAUGUUUUUUCAGGACUGAGCGAGAUUAAGCCAAAUGGUGCAGUCAGCAAAGCAUAUAUUCCUCUUGUUUGAUUCAGAAUUUCAGUGUUUAUAAUUAUAAUUCUGCCCUGACUAGUAAAUAUCACCUCCCAUAAUGUGAUUUGUUCAAAUAAAUUUUUUUUUUGAUAAGUAAAAAUAUUUGGAAGCCGCUCUGUUCACAUAAAUGUUCAUGAAUAUAGAUUACAGAUUUUAUUCCAAUAAAGUUUCAAAUUUUAUUUCUCAUUAAAAAUAAAAAACAGUAGUUGUUGAAAUUCUGUUCUGCCAAAGAGUAGAUUACAAGGUGUUGGUGUUUGAGAUGAAAAAUAAUAUCUAUGACUGCCAGUAAUCUACUCGGAUUGAACUGUCUUCAGAGAAACUUCCCUUUUAAUAAGAUUGCCCCGCGCUGUAAGCUGCUUUCUUUCUGCUGUUUGAUCGGUUUUCUUUAAUUUAGUGUACUGUCAUAUUUCUUUUAUUUGUUGAUUCAUUUUGAUACUGAUCAAUCUUCUUUGCCCUAUAGAUCUCUAAGAAAUGUUUUGAUUUAUGGUAGCAUUCCAUCUGACAUUGAAGAACAUAAAAGCUUACAGACAGCAUAAGUUAGUAUUGUAAUGUCAUGAGUGUGCCUCUUUUUGUUUAUGCGGGUCUUCUUCCAUAAUUAUUUUUUCUCAUUUUGCAGGGAUUUGAAUUUCAAUAACUUAAUUGGUCAAAUCCCAAGUGCUUUGUCCAGUAUUGAUUCUCUAACUCACUUUGGCCAGAUUUCUUGGAAACAAUAGUCUGUCAGGAAGCCUUUCUAAGCAAAAAGUUGUAUAUCUUCAAAAUAGGUUCGCAAGUGACCAGUAGUGCAGCCCCUAAGCUUUAAUCAGUCUUCAAAGCAAUUCCCAGGAUGACUUAGAUAUUGUGGACUUAGUCUAGAGAAAAGACCUUACAAUGUUGUACUAUUAUAAAGUCAUCUAUGUACCCUCAAAAUUAAUCCUGCCGAGAACUUUCCAGUUAAAAGAUUUGACAUAUUGAAGGAGGUGGAAGUAGAAUAGCAGUAACAAAGAUUUUUUAAUUCACUUAUUUUGGGUUGGUAGAGUGAUAUAUUGCUUAACUGACAGAGGUAGUAAUGGGUCAUUAAUUUCAGCUUUGUAUCAUUCUAGAUUUCACACCAACUGUUGGUAUUGCAUGUUAGAAGAAGCAGAUUGGAUUGAUUGUUGAUAUUGUAGAAGCUCUUGGAAUUUCAGGUUUGAUACUAUUUUUUUUAACUCUUUAUAGGAGGAUAUAAAGAGUUAAUGACAAUGCAUACAGGGUACACAUGCUAUGGAAGGGUGAAAACUGUAAAGCAGCUUUCACUAGGAUCCCACCAAGGGAAAAAUAAGUUUGUUAAUGAAAUUGCUACCAUAAUUGCAGAGACACUUUUCCCGCAAUGAAUGCUCUACAUUAUUGCAUUUCAAGGACUAGAAGUGGAUGACAAGCUCUGUUGGUAAUUCAGAAAUUUCAGCCUAUCUCACACCAGACAUUGUGCUUUAUCUGUGUGAGAAAGAACAUGUUGAGGGUGGCAUGAUAUUUCAGCUCUUGGAAGAAUUGACUGAAAUGUCCACCAUGAGAAAUUGUAAAGAUGUUUUCUGUUAUAUAGAAUGUAAACAACACAUUUUAGAAAAGCAAGAGCUGUUUGCUCAUGCAAAACUUGUGAUGUUGAGGAUGUGCAAUCAACUUCUUGGAUGGGUUUACUAUUGGAAAGGCCUCCGUUUUUCUGCUUGCGAGGACUUGGAUGGGUUUUCUAGAUUUACAGACCAUGGUAUUGAAGGAGUUGUGCCACUACAACUUCGGCCACCUCAUGCCUGAUCCAAAUACCAGGCUAAACCAAAUGAUAUUGAGGACAAGGUGGAGCUCCAUGUGGGGAAUUUGAUAGAGCUAUGAUGAUUCGACCAACAAAGUGUGAUCCAAAAAGAAUCUGGAAGUCCACAUGGCUGUUUUGGAUUGGUGGAGAAAAGAAUAAAAAGGAAAGGUGUGGAAAUUAUGAGCAGAGAAGAAAGAAAAUUAGAAUUUGACAUUUGGUUUUGGUGGGCACUGGCCUCUCAAAUUGCCCGAGAAUUUUAGCUGUGAGGCUCUGUUUCUUUUCUCUAUUUUCUGAAAGUUGCAUUGAAGCUUCCUGGUAGACUUAGAGUUGUAAUUAUUGUUCAUGAUUUUAGUUAAUGAAAAGCUGUCGUUUGC